AUGUCAAGCAUCACCUGCGAUCCUGCCAUUUACGGCGAAUGGUCAAGAGAAAAUCAGUUCUGCGUUGAGAAGUCUCUGAUCACCUUGGACGGCAUCAAGUAUGUGCAACUUGUCAUGGCGGUUGUUUCUGCAUGUCAGGUGUUCUUCAUGGUGACACGAGCGCCCAAAGUCCCAUGGGAGGCAAUCUAUCUCCCGACAACAGAGAUGAUUACAUACAGCUUGGCUUUCACUGGCAAUGGUUACAUCCGAGUUGCUAAUGGAAAGUACCUUCCAUGGGCCCGUAUGGCUUCAUGGUUAUGUACUUGUCCCAUCAUGUUGGGUUUAGUGAGCAACAUGGCGCUGGUGAAAUACAAGAGCAUCCCUUUGAAUCCAAUGAUGAUCGCGGCAAGUAGCAUUUGCACCGUAUUCGGAAUUACUGCAUCUGUCGUUCUCGAUCCCCUGCAUGUAUGGCUAUAUUGCUUCAUCUCUUCCAUCUUCUUCAUUUUCGAGAUGGUUGUCGCGUUUGCAAUCUUCGCGAUAACAAUUCAUGAUUUCCAAACAAUCGGAAGCCCAAUGUCACUCAAGGUGGUUGAAAGACUGAAACUCAUGCGUAUAGUGUUCUAUGUAUCCUGGAUGGCAUACCCUAUUCUUUGGAGUUUUUCUUCUACAGGAGCGUGUAUUAUGAGCGAGAACACUAGUUCAGUGCUGUAUCUUCUCGGAGACGCUCUUUGCAAGAACACUUACGGAAUUCUCCUGUGGGCCACAACUUGGGGGCUCCUGAAUGGAAAGUGGGACAGGGAUUACGUCAAGGGCAGGAACGUGGACGGCACUUUGAUGCCAGAGUAUGAGCAGGACUUGGAGAAAGGGAACACAGAAAGGUACGAGGACGCAAGGGCAGGAGAGACCUUCGAAGUCAAGAUGUUUGGAAGGACCUUGACCUCUGUUAGGAGGUCCAGGAGGAGGCCCAGGCGCGACAUCGUCUUCAAUGGCGGCGACCGGAACAGGUUGUCGGACUCUGACUCGGAGAGGAGGAGGAGGAGGAAGAAGUACCAGCGCAAGGACAGCGAGUCGGAGAACUCCAGCGACGAGAGCAUGGGCUCCGAGCAUGAGAAGAACAGACGCAAGGGCAAGAAGAAGAACAAGGAGAAUCGCAGGUCGGCACCUCCCAAGGAAGAUUCAACCUCCGACACACUCCGAGACGCCGAGAUCAAGAGGAUUAUGGACCUCAUGAAGCGAAAUGCUGGCAGCGACAUUCCCGGCCUUGAUGGCGAUGGAAGGCUGCGAGAUGAUGGUGGUCUCAUACCCACGAGGAACGAGGAGCAUGAUGAUUCGGCUUAG